AUGUCUUUAAUAAAACAAGUUACUAAAAGGCAAGAACUUGGUAUUUCGGCUUCCAUCUGUCAAAGACUUGAAAAAAACUUUAAUAUUCUUCAACCUACCCUUGCUCAAACUCAAUUUAUUCCUUUACUCCUCUCUGGUCAAAAGGAUGUCCUUUUACGAGAUCGUCCAGGCACAGGCAAGACAUUGGGCAUCGUUGCCACCUUAGCCUCCCUCGUCAACCGACGUUCAUUAUUCAUCGUCCCUAAUCAAGAACUUGCCUUUCAAAUCGGUCGUUGGCUCCAGAUGCUCACGACCGCAGAUCGUUUUCAAAUCUUGGCAAGUCAUUAUCAUCACGACGACGACGACGACAACAACAACACUCGUCUUCAUAUGCCACCAUCCCUUGUGAUUGCCACACCAGGUUGUCUCUUGGAUCUCUGUAAUAACAGGGGGCUUCGUCUGGGCCCCCUUGAUCAUCUCAUCAUCGAUGAGGCUGAUCAAGCACUAGGACUUCCUAAACGUUAUGCUCCUAAACGUGACUUUGAGAGACGGGCGAGACAUCCUAAAGCUACUGAGGUCCUCUUGGAUCUUCUCGUAAGGGAUCCUAACGGUCAGCAGCAACAACAACAACAGCGACCACGACAUCAAACAGUCAUGAGUUCCGCUACCUUGAACCGUCCAUUUCGUCAUUUCGUAAGCCGGCAAAGAUCUUGGCUUUUGAAAGAUGAACACGUCUUUAUUGAUGGUUGUUGUUGUACGAAUGAGGAGACAUCACCCUCUCGUGUCGUUCAACAUCAUUGUCUUGUCCUAUCUCAGCACUCCAUUCGUAACAUGCGAUCUAAAAGGGAAGAGGGAAAAGAAGAAGAAGACGUAAUGAUGGAGAAGGUGGAGAAGGAGGAGGAGGAGGAUGUGAUACUGGAUAGCAUGGCAGUCCUGCAGAGUCUUGAGCAUGUACAGAAUGGUAUCUUCUUUAUCCCAACUACUCAAUCUAUCUCACAUGUGAAAACAAAGUUGGCUGAAAGAGAGGUGGUCGUGAAGGAUUUAAAGGAUUAUACCCCCGGUGCUAAAGGUUUAUGGCUCGCUACUGAAUUUACAGCAAGAGGAAUCGAUAUCCCUAACCUCUCUCAUGUCUUCCUCUGGGGUCCUCCUUCCUCUCCUGCCUCCUUUUUACAUAUUGCAGGUCGUACUGGAAGAUUAGGCAGUAGUAGUGAUCAGAGUAGGAAAGUGAUUAGCCUAGUCAAUUCAUCAACUGAAGCUAAAAUUGCAAACAUGUAUCGUCUUUUAAAUAUUCCUGUGCAAACUUAUGAACAUGUAGUAGAGUAG